AUGUCUCCGUUAGUGACAACAGACGAUGUUAGAAAUGCAAAGGUCAUUUCUAAAAUAAAAUAUGGUGGGAUUUUCAGACCACUAAACUGUAAAUCCUCACAGAAGGUUGCCGUGAUUAUUCCGUACAGAGAUCGUCCCAAGCAUUUGGAUAUACUUGUUUAUCAUCUGCAUAACAUGCUGCAGCGUCAACAAGUGCAUUAUGGGAUAUAUGUUGUAGAAAUGGACUUACCCGUGCAGUUCAACAGAGGUCUUUUAGCCAACGCAGGUUUCCUUACAGCAAGGAGUAUAGGCAAUUACACGUGCUACAUCAUACAUGACGUUGAUCUCGUGCCGAUUAAUGACCGUAAUUUAUACAAAUGUAGCAAAGCUGGUCCAACACAUCUAGUGACCCGGAAUUCGGCAUUUGAAAGUGGAAAAAAUCCGUACGACAGUUAUGUGGGUGGGGUAAUAGCAAUGAGUGCAGUACAAUACGAAGAACUAAAUGGUUUCUCUAACCUCUAUUUCGGAUGGGGAGGGGAAGAUGACGAUCUUUAUAAACGGAUGGUUGCCAGAAACAUGACUCUUCAACGACCCCCGGAGCACAUCGGAUUAUACAUGGCUUUAAAACACACGCAAGACACCUCAAACCCUCCUAAUCCUUUCAGAGAAAUUCUUCUGAGACAAGCAAUAAAUAGAAUUAAGAAAGAUGGAUUGUCCUCAGUGGUAUACAACCGGAAGUCACUGGAAUUUCGACCACUCUACACAUGGAUUUUAAUAGAUUGUAUUGAAAGUGAAGUUUUAGGAAGAUAUCCACUUUUAAAAGCUGAUUCUGAAUUGAUGUCGCGAAACGCAAAACGGAAUAAAUACCUAACAUAUAUAAAGUCUGGGUACGGUGUGCCAAAUGGAUACAAAUUCACGUACAGGGGAAAUCGCAUAAUGAACUAA